GCUGGGGAUGCUGACUGAUCCCUCUUCCCUCUCCUGCUGAUGGACUGCGGUCUGCAUGGGCUCAAUUUGGAUAGACCAGACGGAUGGAUGCUGAAGAUGAGAUGAGAUAAGCGUCCUCUGUCUCCGCCGAGCUGCUGCAAAGCCACGCAUGAAGAGACGUUGUCACCGCGAAGCCCACACCACCGGAAUAAGAGGAAUAAACUGUGUCUGUCAGUCAAUGAGGUUUGCCUUCUCUUUCCACACCUCGAUCAUGGUCCUGCUCUCCAGAGGUGAUGUGAGCUGAAGUCGCGGGGAAGCCGCAGAGGAGCUGUCCGUCUGUCGAGGUGCUGAUGCGGCUGUGACAGCAUGGCUGCCGGGAAGUUGCUGCUCUACGCCGGGCUCUCUCUUUCUCUCUGCGCCCUGGGCAUGCUGGCUGUGGCGAUGUGCUCCGACCACUGGUACGAGACCGACGCCAGGAGAUACAGGGAGCGGUGCCGAAGUUUUUCCAGCCGCCGCAAGGACCCGGGCUUCAUCUACAUCCCCAACAACAGCCUGCCCCUGCGGGCCAGCCGGAGCAGCCUGCCCCGCUGGGAGGAGAAGCUGCUGCUGGCCCGGAACCGGCGGCAGCUGUUCGCCAUGAGCGCCGCGGAUGAGUGCAGCAGGCAGUAUAACUCUACAAACAUGGGGCUGUGGAGGAAAUGCCAUCGAGUGGGCUUCGACCAAGAAAUGGAAGACCAGAUCCGGAAAGGUUCCAUUACAAGGUGCUCCUACAUCAAGUAUCACUACUCCUCGGCUACGAUACCUAAAAACAUCUCCCCCAACAUCUCCAAGACAAUAAGGCAGGACGAGUGGCACUCCCUCC